AUGCGCAAGCGCAAUCCGCGCCAGUCGGAGCCCCCGGCCGUGCGCGGCCCGCCUCCCUCUCAGCAUCCGUCUGUCCGGAGCGCAGCCAGCGGGCAUGACCGACCCACCAGGGGCGCCGCCGCCGGCGCUCGCAAGCCGAAGGUGAAGAAGAAAGUGCGGCCCCGCUCGACCCGGAGCGAAGAGGUGGCCUGGAGCGGGAAGGUGGCCCGGAGCGAGCAGGGGAUCCGGAGCGAGGAGGUGGCCCGGAGCGAGCAGGGGAUCCGGAGCGAAGAGGUGGCCCGGAGCGAGCAGGGGAUCCGGAGCGAGGAGGUGACCCGGAACGCGGAGGGGAGCCUGAGCGAGGAGGAGACACGAAACGAGGAGACACGAAACGAGGAGGAGACUCGGAGCGAGGAGGGGACCCGGAGCGAGGAGGGGACCCGGAGCGAGGAGGAGACCCGGAGCGAGGAGGGGACCCGGAGCGAGGAGGGGACCUGGAGCGGGGAAAUGGCGGCAGCCGGGCUCAGCGUGACCGUCACCCACAGCAAUGAGAAGCAUGACCUUCAUGUUACCCCGCAGCAGGGCAGCAGCGAACCAAUUGUCCAAGACCUGGCCCAGGUUGUUGAAGAAGCCACAGGAGUUCCACUGCCUUUUCAGAAACUCAUAUUUAAGGGAAAAUCUCUGAAGGAAAUGGAGACACCAUUGUCAGCACUUGGAAUACAAAAUGGUUGCCGGGUCAUGUUAAUUGGGGAAAAGAACAGUCCAGAAGAAGAGGUUGAACUAAAGAAGUUGAAAGAUUUAGAGAAGUCUGUGGAGAAGAUAGCUGAUCAAAUGGAAGAAUUGACUAAAGAUCUUACUGGAAUCCAGCAGGGUUUUCUGGCCAAGGAUUUGCAAGCUGAAGCUCUCUGCAAACUCGAUAGGAGAGUAAAAGCCACAAUUGAGCAGUUUAUGAAGAUCUUGGAGGAGAUUGACACACUGGUCCUACCAGAAAAUUUCAAAGACAGUAGACUGAAAAGAAAAGGUUUGGUGAAAAAGGUUCAGGCAUUCCUUGCUGAGUGUGAUACAGUGGAGCAGAACAUCUGCCAGGAGACCGAGCGGCUGCAGUCUACAAACUUGGCACUGGCCGAGUGAGGUGCAGUAGAGAGAGGCUGUGCUGCCUGGAAGAACAGCACCACCAGCUCUGCCCUCUCUGGAACAGAAGUUACCUGAUUUCUCCAGAAUUGCCAGGGGCAACUGGCUGAUUGCCAAUUUUCCUACUCCUAUGCUGGUUCUCAAUGAAAAAGUAUUGUCUUUGCAAUCUUAAGUAGAGCUCCUGUCUGUUUUCUCAUUCUGUCUCUGUGUGACUGUGCUAUCCAACAGCCCACCUUUUCUAGAGAGGGCCUCCCCUGCCCAAGGUUUCUCAGCUGUUUUGACCUUUGGGUGCUUUCUUUGGACUGGUGUGAGCUCUUAUUUGUCCUAGGCUAGUUCUGGGUAUUUACAGGCCACCUGGUUUUCAAAUACAUCAGAGCUUUUUUGCCCUUGUGAUCUCAUAGUUCCAUAGAUGUAAAAUCAGAAUCACCAGGAGGCUACAUCUACUCAUGAAUCUUGGGAACGACUGGCAUACAGGCAGUCCAAGUAUCCCUCAUUUUGACCUAAUUCCAGAACAUCUGGCUGGUUGUUGGUUUAUAGACCCUUUCCUCACCUCCCUGUGCAGUCACAGGCCAUGAGAUAUAAGGGGGCCUUUCCUGGUGUGGGGUCUAUGGUUGAUGAAUGGACUUCCUUGUCCCCAAUCAGAUCUUCAGAAGGUUAGAACCUAGUGUUGACACUUUCUCUGCCUAAAGCCAGGCCAGAACCAUGGUUUAGCUUAGGAAGGGCAAAAAGGGGUAACCAGAAUGACUAAAGCAGGCAGGUGGUAAAGUCAGCCAGAAACUUCUCAGAAGUGACAUGUGCUUCCUUUAAAGGCAUUUCUGUUUACUAUACCCUUACGAGAUCUAUGUUUUCUUCAAGACUGUUCCUGUUGGUUUUGUGGACGGCCCCCCAUUGUUACUAAAAAACAGUUUGUAUGCCCAUCAUCAAGCAGAGGAGUGUUUUGUUUUCGUAUUAUUGAUUGUUAAGUUAUGAAAAGGAAAGACUUCUGUGGCCCUAUUCAUAAUUUAUGUUUAAUAAAGUUUGUAAUGGUCUUGUG